AUGGAGAUCAAAAGAAGAAAAUGGCAAACACUCUGCACCUCUGAAUGGCCCUCCUUUAAUGUUGGAUGGCCUAAAGAGGGGACCUUUAACAUCACUAUUCUCCUACAGGUCAAGGAGCAAAUCUUCAGUCGGGGACCUCCAGGCCAUCCGGACCAAGUCCCUUACAUGGUAGUCUGGGAAAAUCUUGUCGAGAACCCCCCUCCCUGGGUUUCUCCUUUCACUCAUCCAAAGCCCAAACCCCUUCCGGAUUCUAUCCCUUCCCCAACACCUUCCGCUCCCCCUGUUCCCCUUUGCCCUGCCGAUCCUCCCAAGCCUCCUAUUUCUUCCAACUUAUACCCUGUAAUAGAUGAUUCCACCUCUUCCCGGGAUCUUAAGCCAAAGAGGGUCCUUCCUCCUGAUGACUCCCCCUUAAUAGACCUCUUAACCGAGAACCCCCCUCCCUACCAGCUUCCCCCUCCACCGGCGCAGCAUCAAAUUCCUCAGAAUCUGAGAAAGAAUCGAAUAACCUGCUGGAGGAACGCCACCCCUUACCAUCCCCAAUGGCGGGAAGACUUAGGGGUCGCAAGGAACCUGCAAAGGAGGGGUCUUCCAAGCUCCUUCCCCUACGCCAAGGAGGGGGCCCAGGCAACCAAUUCCAAUACUGACCCUAUAGCUUUGACCGCUCUGAUCGAGUCCAUUCUAAUCACGCACCAGCCCACUUGGGAUGAUUGCCAGCAGCUCUUGCAGACUCUUCUCACUACAGAGGAGAGACAAAAAGUUUAUCUGGAAGCCAGAAAAAAUGUUCCGGGAGACAAUGGAAGACCUACCCAGCUCCCGAAUGUGAUUGAUGCCGCCUUUCCCUUGACCCGUCCUGACUGGGAUUUCAAUACGGCUGAAGGUAGGACCCACCUAAAUCUUUAUCGACAGUUACUCAUAGCAGGCCUCCAUAAUGCAGGGCGCCACCCUACCAAUUUGGCUCAGGUAAGACAGGUUACUCAGGGCUCCGAAGAAUCUCCAACCGCUUUCUUAGAGAGACUUAGAGAGGCUUAUCAUAGAUAUACCCCCUUCGAUCCUGAGAGCCAUGAACAGAGAGGAAAUGUGUCCAUGGCAUUCAUUUGGCAGUCAGCGCCAGACAUUAGACAUAAGUUACAGCGACUGGAGAAUUUACAAGAUUUCUUGUUACAAGAUUUGUUAAAGGAGGCAGAAAAAAUUUAUAAUAAAAGAGAAACUCAGGAAGAAAAGGAAGAAAGGUUAAAGAAAGAGGCUGAAGAAAAGGAAGAUAAGCGAGAGCGUAAGCGAAAUAAGGAGCUUAGCAAAAUCUUGGCCGCCGUAGUGCAAAGCAAUCAAGGAUCAGAAACAGGAGAGCUAGGCAAGGAAGGAGACAGAAGAAAGCCUCGGGUAGCUUGGGACCAAUGUGCCUAUUGCAAAGAGAGAGGACAUUGGGCCAAAAACUGCCCCAAAAGACCCCAUAACCCCAAGGAAAAUAACAGGCAGAAAACAAGAUUAAUGGCCCUAGAUGACGACUAGGGAUGUCAGGGCCAGGAGCCCCCCCCUGAGCCCAGGAUAACCCUAACAGUCGGGGGGCAACCAAUCACCUUUUUGGUAGAUACCGGGGCACAACAUUCUGUCUUAACCAAAACCCCAGGACCAUUAAGUAACCGGACGGCAUGGGUUCAAGGGGCCACCGGAGGAAAACAAUACCGUUGGACCAUGGAAAGAAAAGUCCAUUUGGCCUCAGAUCUAAAGGAUGCUUUCUUCUGUUUAAGACUAAGUCCCCAGAGUCAACCCAUUUUUGCAUUCGAGUGGAAGGACCCAGAAUUGGGAAUUUCAGGUCAGCUAACCUGGACAAGGCUACCACAAGGAUUUAAGAACAGCCCCACGUUAUUCGAUGAGGCCCUCCACCAGGACCUAGCCAAUUUCCGGGUAAGACACCCCUCCCUGAUCUUACUCCAAUAUGUCGAUGACAUCUUACUGGCAGCAACAAAUGAGGAGGACUGUCAAACAGGUACUGGGGACCUCCUACAAACCCUUGGCCAGUUGGGAUAUAGGGCAUCCGCAAAGAAGGCUCAGAUUUGUCAGACUAAGGUCACCUACCUGGGCUAUGAAUUGCAUAAUGGCCAGCGAUGGCUAACGACUGCAAGGAAAGAGACUAUAUCCAGCAUUCCAACGCCCCAAACCCACAGGCAAUUGCGGGAAUUCCUAGGGACAGCGGGCUUUUGUAGGCUAUGGAUCCCUGGGUUUGCAGAAAUAGCGGCCCCCCUAUACCCCUUGACCAAACAGGAUACCCCUUUCGUCUGGACUGAACAACAACAGCAGGCAUUCGAUCAUAUUAAACAAGCUCUCCUCAAGUCCCCAGCGUUAGGCCUGCCGGACAUAACUAAACCCUUUCUUUGA